AACAGAGAAACAGCAGGAACACAUACACUUGUCUGUGCUCUGAAAACUAGCCACAGAUUAUUAGAUUAUAAAAUAACAAUCAAUAUAAAAUAUUCAUAUCAUGCAUUUGAUUUGUUUUACACUGACCGUGCAGAAAACAGCUCCACAGAGAGCUGCUGAUGUACGGGACUGGUGCCUGAAGAAAGACGGUAAAAUGACCUCUCAAACAGCAAAGGUGUUGCUAUCACUGGACGCUGAAGCAGUCUGCUCACUCAAAGAGGGAGUCAAUUUCAAGAAAAACCCUGAAGACAGUAAAUGUUACAUCAUAUACAAGGGCAACAAUGGCCUUAAAGCGUGCAAGAACCAAUGCAAACACCAAGGAGGGUUAUUCAUCAAAGACAUCGAAGACCUGGAUGGCAGGACUGUCAAAUGCACUAAACACAACUGGAAGUUAAAUGUGUCAACAAUGAAAUAUGUGAAUCCACCAGACAGCUUCUUGCAGGAUGAGCUUGAAGUAGAGAUUUUGGAUGAUGGGGGGCUUCAGUUGGUUGAGUUGAGGCCCAUUGACCCCUGGCUGGCUGACCCUCGAGAGCCUCUGGAGCUCCAGGAAGGAGAAGUGAAAGUGACGUACUUGACCCACGCCUGCAUGGAGCUGCAGCUUGGACAGAGGCGGUUCAUGUUCGACCCGUGGUUGAAGGGUCCCGCAUUUGCCAGAGGCUGGUGGCUUCUCCAUGAGCCUCCAGCAAACUCCCUGGACAGAUUGUGUGCAGCGGAUCUCAUCUACAUCAGCCAUAUGCACUCUGACCACCUCAGUUACCCCACACUGAAGGUCUUGUCAGAGAGGAGGCCAGAUGUCCCCAUUUAUGUUGGUGACACAUCGAGACCUGUCUUUUGGUAUUUGGAGCAAAGCCAAGUUAAGGUGACCAACAUCAACAUUGUUCCUUUUGGUGUCUGGCAAGAUAUUGACGAACACCUGAGAUUCAUGAUCCUGAUGGAUGGUGUACAUCCCGAAAUGGACACCUGCAUCCUUGUUGAAUAUAAAGGUCACAUGAUCCUGAACACUGUGGACUGCACCAGGCCAAAUGGGGGCAAGCUACCACAGAAUGUGGACUUAAUGUUGAGUGACUUUGCCGGGGGGGCAUCUGGAUUCCCCAUGACCUUCUAUGGCGGGAAAUACAGUGAUACCUGGAAGGCAGGGUUUAUCAAGAAUGAAAGGAAGAAGCUGCUGAAUUACAAAGCUCUGCUGGUGAAGUCCCUGCAGCCGAGGAUCUACUGCCCGUUCGCUGGCUAUUUUGUGGAGGCUCAUCCAUCUGACAGAUACAUUAAGGAUACAAAUAUUAAAAACAGUGCAGAGGACCUCAAUGCGCUCAUCAAUAAGCACGCACCAGACAUCAAGACAUGGACGCCCAAGCCAGGCGCUGUGCUGGACCUCGGCCUCGCUCUGAGAGACCCCACUAACAGUGAGGCCAUCACCAACCCCCCAGCCAGUGCAAAAAUCUACAAGGACAGAUGGGAUUUCGACUUGUAUGUGGAUGAACUUAACCGCGCCAUCACCUGUGAGAUAUUUAAACAUGAAAGCUGGAUCCAGUUUUAUUACACCUGGGCAGGCUUUCAAAACUACAACCUUGUUGUGCGGGUGAUUGAGACCGAUGACAACUUUGAACCCCUCACUGAUGGCUACGACUACUUGGUGGAUUUUGUGGAUCUGUCGUUCCCCACCAAGAGGCCUGACAGAGAGCACUCCUACAUAGAGAUUAAAAACAGGAUUGGGGUGAUGAGAUACGUGGUGCAGCAUGGCCUCCUCUGGGAUAACCUGUACAUCGGCUUCCAGAACCGCAUAAGCCGAGACCCGGAUAUCUACCACCACAGGUUCUGGAACCACUUCCAGACAGAGCUACCAGUUCGCAGGCCAGACUGGGACCAGUUCCUGCGGCAGGAGACUUCCAUCCAGGAGCCUGACACACCACAAGAUCCAAAGAAAUGGAGCUACUGUGUGGUGUUAUGAAUAUGGAUUAUUGGUGUAAGAUCAAGUAACUUUUUGUUUAGGUUUUAUUUUCAACAACUUUCAUGCCAGCCAGGUAAUUCCAACUUAUUUUUAUUAGAGUGUACUGUGAGAAAACAAGUGAAGGGUGAAACUGAAAGAAAUGUGGAGAAAAAAAAGUAGUGGCGCCAUCAAGUCCAUCGGUCUUUAAAGGACCAUACCUCUGAUUUAGCAUGUUUCCAUCAAUUUCCACAUGAUACAAAAAUCACUUAAAACUUAUUUAAAUAAAAAAAUAAAUAUAAACUUUAUUUAUAGAGCACUUAUCAAAACAAAGUACAAAGUGCUUCACAACAAGAGAAAUAAAAUACCACAGUGAACGAUGAAAUAUAAAGAAAUAAAAUACACAAAAGCAAUAAAAUAAACAGACAGCUCAGAUAAAAUCAGGAUAUGCUUUCCGAUAAAAAUGUGCUUUGACAAGAGACUCAGACAACCAAAUAUUAUAAUAAUAAUAAUAUAUAAUAAUAAUUUCUGGGUAUGAAUUUGAAUUAUGUAAUCUAUCACAGUGAACAUCAAAUCUGUCUCAGUGUUUGCCAAAAUUACAUUACAACACAGCAUACCUCAGCUGGAGACACCUUUGUUGUUUCCUGCUUGGUUUUUUCCAAAUUAUAUUUAAACACACACCACCUACUAUGACACUGCUCUGUUAGCUUCAACUCGUGAGUUAACGGUCAAGAGUGGUUUUUAUAUGAUGGGCAGGGUUAAGUGGUCGCCCCAAAUCACAUUUGAUUGGAUACAUUUAUGCCCCAGAAUUCAAGAUGAGUCAUCAAAAAGUUUACAGAAAGAAAAAAGAUGGAUUUUGAUAUACAAAUACACCAAUUUAUUAUUAUUAUUUUUUUUUUACUGUACAAUGUAUUCAAUGUGCCAUUACACUUUAACAGCCACUUAUGGUCACAGUAGCUGCUUUCAGUAAACACAUAGUUAUAGUCUAGAAGUUACACAGAAGAACAUCUGUAGAAGUUACAUAAUCUCGCUUUAAGUUCUGAUUGAUUUGAAAAGUCUGCACUGCGUUUCCUCACAACAAUAAUGCAAUAGUGAGAACCAAUGGCUGCUUGGAACUGUAAAGUAUGCAUGAUAUGUAGUUAAUCAGCUAAAACUUGAGAGAACACUGGUAUGGUGGUAACAGUUAACAUAACGUAAUAACCACUUAGCAUAACAAUUAACAACUCCAAAACUGGUACAUUUAUGUACUGUGCAAUCAUCCCAAAUUAGGCCAAUGUUCACCUUAUAUAUUUGUAUGAAAUAUGGGGCAACAUAAAAAUGAGGUGCCCUUCUGGCUACAGUAUUUGUAGCAUCAUGGCAAUCUUAGAUUUUUUAUUUUGGUCAAGUGAAGGUUUUCUUUGUAAAGCCCAAAAUAUGAAGGGUUCGUGACACAGCACAAGUUCAAUAAGAAGACAAGCUUCAGAAGGAUCAUCAGUGUCAAUGCUCUAUUUUACUGGCAGUUACUGUAUUUAAUCUGCAUUAUUUUUGAUUUGUAACCAGGGUGGUGUGUUGGUAUGGAUUAUGUAAUAGGUAUGAUUAGGUUACGGGUAUGUAUGGGUGACACUGUUUUAUUUGUACUGUAUAUGGAGACUUGGUGUUUUAUCUGAGCAUACUUUGAAUGCACAGCAGUAGAGGAGAACACUGGGGUGACCUCACAGAUUUUCCCUGGAAAUGAAACUGAAUUGCUACCAAACAGGACUAAAUAGACAGACAUAGAUAGACAUUUCUGUCAAAAUUACAGAUUUACACAUUUUUCUAUGUAUUUAAUGUCAUCCAUUUAGAGUACUUUACACAGUCACCCCUUUGUCACUGAGUGUAACGAUAAAGUAUGAGCGUGUCAGAGUUCAGUGAAGGAUUACAGUAUACAAUUGUUCAAUACUGCAGUAGUUGGGCAUUAAUCAUUGCAUAGUCAUUUAUCAUUAAUAAUCAAUGGAUGCACUGUCAAAUAGAAACAAUAGUAGUAAAACUGGUUGUGGUGUUCCUUGUUGAGCACCUAUCAGCACUUAACAGCUCGGUGAAAGCUUUUGAGUGUGUGACCAGUGGCCUAAUGGAAAGGAAGCAGUUUCUUUCUAGUUUGAAUGCACUUAUUGUAAGCCGCUUUGCACAAAAGUGCCCGCCAAAUGUAAUGUGAUUUAAUGCUUUGUUGUGUGAAUUUACUCAGUCUAAAAAUAAUGCUUUUAAAGUAAGAUUGAUUAUUCUCCCUAAUGAGCAGCGAUCAUGGCACUAAUGCCGGAAAUGGAUUUUUCUUUGUGUGCUGUACAAAAUGAAUAGAUUGUAAUUGAUGAUAUUGAGGUGUUUCAUACAACAAUGUGAACGAGGAUGCUUCACAAAUACAUCUGGUCAGAGUAGUAUCAGAGAAAAGAGCAUGAAAGCUUUUCCACACUGACUUAUGUGUGUAUUUCAGCUAAUCACAUAUACUUCACAGAGCAGUUGUACAGUUGUAAUGUUUUUUAUUGAUCUAUUUAGCAUCAAUACAAUGAAUUGUAAGCCGACUUGUUUCUGAAAAUAAAAUGAAUCACAUUUGACAAACUCUG